CAUAGCAGUGCGCACACACACACACACACACACACACAGGGUCUGCUUGGCUCCAGGGAUUAUCCCAACACUUUGAGAUAUGACGGAGGACAUGCAGGUAUGAACAGGGCUCUUCUGUUGUCAGUGCUGCGAGCUCAUGUCAGUGAUGGACUGCAGCCGGGUGGACACUAACCUUAGCUGGCAUUCACAAAGCAGCAUUCCUCUUUACUGAGACCAGCCCCACAGAAUGCUGAGUCCGAUUGUCUCCUAUAGCCUGUUAAAGAUGCACUGGAACCCAGAGCAUGCCCAGCCCCUCAGCCAGUGGCCUGAGCAGCACCUGGAUGUGUCCUCCACCACCUCUUCUCCGGCCCACAAGUCUGAAUUUUACACUGGUCGCAGCCGAAGUUCAUACAACUAUGCCUGGGCCAAUGAUGACAUCUCUGCCCUCACAGCCUCCAACCUGUUGAAGCGGUAUGCUGAGAAGUACGCUGGCGUGCUAGACUCUCCAUAUGACCGGCCAUCAAAUAUGAGCACCUAUCCAGAGCCAAGUGCAUUUGGGGGCCUCAAUGGCCAAAAGACUGAGCUGGAGCCUUGGCCACUGACACAUAACACUGAUGCUUCCUUUUCCUUGGUGCCCCCUGGAGGCCAAGACAGCCUCUCUAGUGCAAAGGUUAUAGCCACAUCAGCAGGCCCUCCAGGGGUUAGCAGUGUAACAGUGGUAAAUAGUAACCUCUCAGACUCUGGCUAUAGUGGCAGUAGCUCUUGCAGUGGCUCCACCUCAACUGAAUACUCCUCUGGCUACAAUGCCACAUACCUUUCAUCAGGGUACUGCCCCCAACCCAGUGCAGCACUUCCCCCUGCCUCCCUUCAUACACUCCAAUCGUCCCCAACUCUGGUUCCCAGCUACAGCCCUAACACAUCUGUCUAUAGCUAUCCCCCAAGUACAUACACUGCCCAGACCAGUCUUGCAUCAAGCUACAGCCAACCCUCUGCUGCCUACUUGCCCUCGGGUCUACCAGCCCCUACUCCUCUACCCUCAAGGCCCACAUCCAUAGGAGGUAACUAUAGUUAUCAAAGUACCAACAUUGCAACAUCUGAAUCUCGAGGGACAUUAAAGAGAAAAGCAUUUGAAAUGAGUAUAGAAGAGGAUGAGGAAGGGGAUGACACUCGUUACAGGAAGUAUGGCUAUGAUCCCUUGAAGGGUGGCGAGAACUCUCCAUACAGUGUGAAUGAAAAAACUGAAUGCCAGGGAAACAGCUUUAGCAGUACAGGUAGCACAGACCUUCAGACCUUCAAGCCUAGUAAGCCCUCUUCCCAGACCCUAGUAUCUCCUCAGUAUGGGACAGCAGGGGAGUACAGCCCUACAACUGGCAUUACAGGGGAGAAUAGAGUUGGGGAUCAAGGCUUCACCCAACAGCAUCAGACCCAUUCCCAGUCCCACAAACGCCCUGCAUUGUGUGGGCCAGCGGAAAUUCUGAAGAGCCCUGAUCCACGAAUGUUGGACCUUGUCAAUGGAGAGUUUCUGGACUGCAGCCCAGCCUUAGGUUGGGGUGAACUGGCUGGGCUCACUCAUGUUAAGGCUGCUUUGGAGGAGGACGUACUGUGGCCUGUGUUGAGGCCAAGCCCAGUGGUACGUCCACCAAGAACCUUGCUGUUGUUUGGCCCCCGUGGAGGGGGAAAGAUGACUCUAACUCGAUCUUUGGCUUCACAGCUGGGAGCUUCCUUUUACCAGUUGAGUGGAGCCACACUAGCUUCUAAAGGGAAGGCUGAGGCAAAGCACAUUUUGGAGACUCUGAUGCAGGUGGCAGAUGCACGGCAGCCUUCAGUAGUGCUACUUAACCAGGCUGAGACCUUGGAAGAAGAAGGGCUGAAGCAGAUCCUGCUGACGACUCUAGAGAAAGCCCAGGCGGGGACCACAGGUCUAGUGAUUCUUGUGUGUACCACUGGCAGGCCUGAUUUGCUGCAAGAUGCAGUCCAUAGGAGCUUUGCCAAGCGGUAUCAUGUUGGCCUGCCUGAUGCUAGUAUGCGUAGGCAGGUGCUGCUUCAGGCACUGGCACCUCAGAGCUGGAACAUGAGUGAGAGGGAGCUGAGCAUUGUUUUGCAACGUACCGAAGGCUUCACAGUGUGGGAGCUCCUACAGCUCUGCCAACAAGUUCUCUCUUCAGCAUCUCAGACUGGCACCAUGCAUGUCCUACCACCAUCUCCUAAAGCCCCAGCAUUUACAGACUUUGAGAAUGCCUUCUGCAAGGUGCGGCCUCACACCACCAUAAAAGAACUGGACACUUGUAUAGAGUGGAGCAAGAUGUAUGGCCACUGAGAAGUAUAGCCAGCCACUGUACUCGGACUGACCUAACACGCUGUCUUUGCUUUGUUAAAGUGAGCCUUGGGAAGGGUUUAUUGUUUUGUUAUUACCAAUUAUGUAGCCAAAAGAGAAAGAGAAGCUCAAAGACAGGACAUCGUUGAUAUGAUUAUUUUACUGGCAUAAGCAUGCCAUGGUAUACGGUUUAUGAUUCACUAGGAAUAUCUGCAAUAUUUUAUUUUUCCCAAAGAAAAGAGAGAUGAACAGGCCUUGUGGAGUGGAGUAAAUUUUUAAUUUGUUUGACCAAUGGGAAAACCAGACAGCUAUUUGGAUACUCUCAGAGAACCUGAUUACCUUGGUCCAGGACGCAAUCAGUUAUUUGUUGCUAGGUGAUGUGGUCCAGGAUUAUGGAUAGUCAGGGUUUCAAAAUUCUCUUUUUGACUGCUACUCUCAGGAUCCUAUUUAUUGCCAGUCCACUCCUGUAAUGUCCUCACAAUGAUUUGAGUAAUUUUUCAAUAAUUGUGUAGUAAGAAGGGCUUAGGAUCUACAACAUUUUAACAAGCCAAAUACAUAUCAAACCAAA